UGAUAGAUAUGUCGUCAGCUACUUUUGAAGACAAACGUAAUGGACCAUUUCCCAUUAUAUUUCCUUUUAUUUUCUUCUCAUAUUAUUUUUAUCCACCGGGUUGUUCUUGGAGUAUUUGACCUCCCUAGCAACGGCCAUUGGUUUCCAGUUAAACGGUCAUCUUUCUUUCUUUUUUUUAACACGUUACACUUCCCAAAGUGACCAAACUUUCUCAGACACAGGUGAGGCUCUCAGGAUUUUGUGGUGUGAUGGAUCAGCUCAGUGAGGAUCUGUCAGUCCUGCCCACGGGAAACCAGGAUCAGAUAGAGGACAAGGAGAAGCCAACCCAGGGCCAAGAGGGCGAUAGUGGUGAUGAGUGGGACACUGAUCUGGAAACAGACGAAGCCACAAAUCAGAGACAGAGUCAGAGACAGAGUUUUUCCCGUGCAGAGCUGUACCUGCAGGCCUGUCGGCGGACAGGGACCAUUCCCGUUUCCUCCUUCCUCCACCACUUGGGUGAAGUCAGUCUCAACCUGAAUCACUAUGGAGUGGGACCUCAGGGGGCCAAAGCUCUGGCCAUAGUUUUGCAAAGUGACAAUCUCAUCACCAACCUUGAGCUGGAGGACAACACGCUUUGGGCAGAGGGGACACGCUAUCUGAAGGAGAUGCUUCAAACAAACAUCUGCAUUGAGAGUCUAAAUCUUUCCAACAACCAGCUGCACCUUGAAGGAGCGGACAUCAUAUCUAAGAUGCUGUUAGACAAUUACUACAUCAAAUCCAUCAAACUCUCAGGAAAUGAGUUUGAUGAUUCUGCUGCAAAAUGCUUUGCUGACGUUUUAAAGGGUGACUAUGUGGUCAAAGAGCUGGACCUCAGUCACAACAAGUUCUGUGAUACAGGAGGAGAACAUCUGGGUCAUAUGUUAGCCAGAAAUGUAGGUAUUGAAGUCCUAAAUCUGAGCUGGAAUCACCUUCGUAUGCGAGGUGCAAUUGCUUUGAGUGCUGGACUGAAGGUGAACUCAACUCUGAAGCAGCUCCAGCUGUCGAGGAACGGUUUUGGCCACAUCGAGGCAGAGUCGCUGGGUCAAGCUCUGAAACAAAACAGCACGCUGCAGCUGUUGGACCUCAGCAGUAACUGUAUGGACGAUCAGGCCGUGACACUGCUCUGCCAGGGCCUGGCCACCAACGACACCCUCAGGGUCCUCAAGCUCUCCCAUAACCCCCUGACAAAUAUCGGAGCUCUGACGCUGCUCAAGACAGUUAAAAACAACAUGAAAUCAGCAGUGGAGGAGAUCGAUAUUUCUACAGUGUUUGUGUGUGAGGCCUUUGUGGAGCUGCUGGAACAAGCCUGUCAGACGCAUCCCGCUCUGGAUGUUCAAUACAGCAUCAUGAGCUCCGUCACCAGGAACAUAUCUGCCCUCCAGAUCUUUCAGAAAUUCCUUGGAGAGAGAAAUGAGAGCAUCAUGGACUUCUUCCUGGCUUUGGAUUUAAAGGGAACGAUGAGGGUCUCCACCUCUGCUUUCAGGAAGGCUGUAAAGGAAGCUAACGUACCUUUGGAUCAGCGACAGCUUGAGUGGUUGAUCAGGAAGUUUGACCACAAGUGCACAUCCACCAUAAUCUACAGCCAGUUUUCAGAGCUGUCAUAGGUACCGAGAUGUACAGCGCCACUAAUAUAAACAUAGGGAUACCAGAAGGCACAUCUUCAAAUAAAAGCUAAUGGAGUCUGUAA